CUACUCACGGGGCCCCUUGGAGGCCAUUAACCCCCCGAGUCCCGGCCCCCCCCUUUCCCGGGCAGGCCCGACCGCCCACGCGCGCACCCCUGGGAUCUCAGGAUCUGAGGCCCGGCUCGCGGCAUCUGCCCCUUCCCCACUCUCAGUUCAAGGCCCGGCCGGGUUGGGGGAAGCUGCCGCGAGGCGGCCGUGCCUGCAGUGUGGGCGGGGGCCGGGAGCCCGAGAGGUGCCGCCGCCACAGCGCCAGGAGCCACAGCGGUUCCGAGCGGGGCCCAACAUGGCGGAGAGAGAGGUGGAGUCCGGCCCCCGAAAGAGGGUAGGUGAGUUUGAACAGAAAAGUGGUGCAGUUUUUGAUGGAGUUGUAGAGAACUGUGGUGGUAUCAUGGAUACAGAAAUGUCUGAAGAUAUAGACCACAACUUAACUCCUACCCUUGACAGCAUGUCUUAUGGAGUGCCGAAUCAAACAGGAUCUGAAAAUUCAUUGCUGGAUGAAGAUGAUUAUUUUUUGAACUCUGGGGAUCUUGCAGGAAUUCCGGUCGUUGGUAGUGACAAUGAGGAUGAACAGGAUUUUAGUUCAAAGGACAAUCUUGUUUCUUCAAUUCAUACUGAUGAUAGCUUGGAAGUAGAGAGAAGAGUCACACAGCAUGAAUCAGACAAUGAAAAUGAAAUACAAAUUCAAAAUAAAUUAAAAAAAGACUUUCCUAAACAGUUUGAUCAGGUUUCUGUCUUUAAAUCAAUACGGAAAGAUUUUAGUCUAGUAAGAGAAAACAGCAAAGAGACAUUUUCUGGAAAGGAGAAAAAUAGAGACCUAACUUAUCAUGAACGUGAAAAACGGUUGGAUAAACCCCAUAAAGAUUUGGAUUCAAGGUUGAAAAGCAGUUUUUUUGAUAAAGCAGUAGCUAAUCAAGUUGAAGAAACAUUACAUACCCAUUUACCACAAACCCCAGAAACAAACUUUAGGGAUUCCAGCUACCCAUUUGCCAAUAAAGAAUCCAUUGGUUCGGAACUGGGGAAUUCCUUUGCAUCAAAUAUUAGAAUUAAAGAAGAACCUUUGGAUGAUGAGUAUGACAAAGCAAUGGCACCACAGCAGGGACUACUAGACAAAAUUAAAGAUGAACCUGACAAUGCUCAAGAGUAUAGUCAUGGCCAACAGCAAAAAACUCAAGAGGGGGAACUGAAAAUUAGUGCUGUGUUUUCGGUCAGUGGCAGUCCUCUUGCUCCACAGUUGACUACUGGCUUUCAGCCUUCACAGGCAUCAUCUGGCAUGAAUAAAAUGCUUCCUUCAGUUCCAGCCACAGCUGUUCGAGUUUCCUGUUCUGGUUGUAAAAAAAUCCUCCAGAAGGGGCAAACUGCUUAUCAGAGGAAAGGGUCUACUCAGCUAUUCUGCUCUACACUGUGCCUCACUGGAUAUACAGUUCCACCUGCCCGCCCACCUCCUCCUCUCACAAAGAAAACUUGUUCAAGUUGCUCAAAAGACAUUUUAAAUCCGAAGGAUGUGAUCAGUGCCCAGUUUGAAAAUACCACCACUAGUAAAGAUUUUUGCAGUCAGUCAUGUUUGUCAACAUAUGAAUUGAAAAAAAAACCUAUUGUUACCAUAAAUACAAAUAGUAUUUCAACCAAAUGCAGCAUGUGUCAGAAGAAUGCUGUUAUUCGACAUGAAGUGAAUUACCAGAAUGUGGUACAUAAACUUUGCAGUGAUGCCUGCUUCUCUAAGUUCCGCUCUGCUAACAACCUCACAAUGAACUGUUGUGAGAACUGUGGGGGUUAUUGUUACAGUGGCUCUGGACAGUGUCACAUGCUUCAGAUAGAGGGGCAGUCUAAAAAGUUUUGUAGUUCAGCGUGUGUCACAGCAUACAAGCAGAAAUCAGCCAAAAUUACCCCAUGUGCGCUUUGCAAAUCAUUGAGAUCCUCAGCAGAAAUGAUUGAAAAUUCCAAUAGCUUGGGGAAGACAGAGCUUUUCUGUUCUGUUAAUUGCUUAUCUGCUUACAGAGUUAAAAUGGUUACUUCUGCAGGUGUACAAGUUCAGUGUAACAGUUGUAAAACCUCAGCAAUCCCUCAGUAUCACCUAGCCAUGUCAGAUGGAAGUAUACGCAACUUCUGCAGCUACAGUUGUGUGGUAGCUUUCCAGAAUUUGUUCAACAAACCAACUGGAAUGAAUUCUUCAGUAGUGCCCUUGUCUCAGGGCCAAGUAAUUGUAAGCAUCCCCCCAGGUUCAACAGUGUCAGCAGGAGGAGGUAACACCUCUGCUGUUUCUCCCACCUCUAUCAGCAGCUCUGCUGCAGCUGGUCUUCAGCGUCUUGCUGCCCAAUCCCAGCAUGUUGGGUUUGCCCGAAGUGUUGUGAAACUCAAAUGUCAACACUGUAACCGUCUUUUUGCCACAAAACCAGAACUUCUUGACUAUAAGGGUAAAAUGUUUCAGUUCUGUGGCAAGAAUUGUUCUGAUGAAUAUAAGAAAAUAAAUAACUUAAAGGCAAUGUGUGAAUAUUGUAAAAUUGAGAAAAUUGUAAAGGAGACUGUGCGAUUCUCAGGUGCUGACAAGUCAUUCUGUAGUGAAGGUUGCAAGUUGCUUUAUAAACAUGAUUUGGCAAAAUGCUGGGGAAAUCAUUGUAAAAUGUGCAGUUAUUGUUUACAGACAUCUCCCAAAUUGGUACAGAAUAAUUUGGGGGGAAAGGUGGAAGAGUUCUGUUGUGAAGAAUGCAUGUCCAAAUAUACCGUUUUGUUCUAUCAGAUGGCCAAGUGUGAUGGAUGUAAGCGACAGGGUAAACUGAAUGAGUCCUUGAAAUGGCGGGGGGAAAUGAAACAUUUUUGUAACCUACUUUGUAUCUUGAUGUUCUGUAAUCAGCAAAGUGUGUGUGACCCACCUUCACAAAACAGUGCAGGAAGUAUUUCCAUGGUUCAGGCUGCUUCAGUAGGGCCCCCAUCUCUGAGAAAAGAUUCUACUCCAGUUAUAGCUAAUGUAGUAUCAUUAGCAAGUGCUCCUGCUGCUCAGCCUACAGUGAAUUCUAACAGUGUCUUGCAAGGUGCAGUUCCAACAGUCACAGCGAAAAUCAUUGGGGAUGCAAGUACACAGACAGAUGCCCUGAAACUGCCACCUUCCCAACCUCCAAGGCUUUUGAAAAACAAAGCUUUAUUGUGUAAGCCUAUCACACAAACUAAAGCCACCUCUUGCAAACCACAUACCCAAAACAAAGAAUGCCAGACAGAAGACACUCCAAGUCAGCCCCAAAUUAUUGUGGUGCCAGUUCCCAUACCAGUGUUUGUGCCCAUACCUCUUCAUCUUUAUACUCAGUAUACGCCAGUCCCGUUUGGAAUUCCAGUUCCAAUGCCUAUCCCCAUGCUUGUUCCAUCUUCAAUGGAUAAUGAAGAUAAAGUCACUGAGAGUAUUGAAGACAUUAAGGAAAAGCUUCCUACACAUCCAUUUGAAGCUGAUCUCCUUGAGAUGGCAGAAAUGAUUGCAGAAGAUGAAGAGAAGGAAAAGACUCUAUCCCAGGGAGGAUCUCAAACUUCUGAACAGGAACUCUUUCUAGACACCAAGAUAUUUGAAAAAGACCAAGGAAGUACAUAUAGUGGUGAUCUUGAAUCAGAGGCAGUAUCUACUCCACAUAGCUGGGAGGAAGAGCUGAAUCAUUAUGCCUUAAAGUCAAAUGCUGUGCAAGAAGCUGAUUCAGAAUUAAAGCAGUUCUCAAAAGGAGAAACCGAACAGGAUCUGGAAGCAGAUUUUCCAUCAGAAUCCUUUGACCCACUUAAUAAAGGACAGGGAAUCCAGGCACGUUCCCGACCAAGACGACGACACAGAGAUGGCUUCCCCCAGCCCAGACGAAGAGGACGGAAGAAGUCUAUAGUGGCUGUGGAGCCCAGGAGUCUUAUUCAAGGAGCCUUUCAAGGGUGCUCAGUGUCCGGGAUGACACUGAAAUACAUGUAUGGGGUAAAUGCAUGGAAGAACUGGGUUCAGUGGAAAAAUGCCAAGGAAGAGCAGGUGGAUCUAAAAUGUGGAGGAGUUGAACAUGCCUCGUCUAGCCCAUGUUCUGACCCCUUAGGAAGUGCUCAAGACCAUGCUCUCUCUCAAGAAUCCUCAGAACCAGGCUGUAGAGUCCGCUCUAUCAAGCUGAAGGAAGAUAUUCUGUCUUGCACUUUUGCUGAGUUGAGUUUGGGCUUAUGCCAGUUUAUCCAAGAGGUGCGGAGACCAAAUGGUGAAAAAUAUGAUCCAGACAGUAUCUUAUACUUGUGCCUUGGAAUUCAGCAGUACCUGUUCGAAAAUGGUAGAAUAGAUAACAUUUUUACUGAGCCCUAUUCCAGAUUUAUGAUCGAACUUACCAAACUCUUGAAAAUAUGGGAACCUACAAUACUUCCUAAUGGUUACAUGUUCUCUCGCAUUGAAGAAGAGCAUUUGUGGGAGUGUAAACAGCUGGGCGCUUACUCACCAAUUGUCCUCUUAAACACCCUUCUUUUCUUCAAUACCAAAUACUUUCAACUAAAGAAUGUUACAGAGCACUUGAAGCUUUCCUUUGCCCAUGUGAUGAGACGGACCAGGACUCUGAAGUACAGUACCAAGAUGACUUAUCUGAGGUUCUUCCCACCUUUACAGAAGCAGGAGUCAGAACCAGAUAAACUAACUGUUGGCAAGAGGAAACGAGAUGAAGAUGACGAAGUUCCAGUGGGUGUGGAGAUGGCAGAGAAUACUGACAACCCACUAAGAUGUCCAGUCCGACUGUAUGAGUUUUACCUGUCCAAAUGUUCUGAAAGUGUGAAGCAGAGGAAUGAUGUGUUUUACCUUCAACCUGAGCGCGCCUGUGUCCCGAAUAGCCCCAUGUGGUACUCCACAUUCCCGAUAGACCCGGGGACCCUGGACACCAUGUUAACACGUAUUCUCAUGGUGAGGGAAGUACAUGAAGAACUUGCCAAAGCCAAAUCUGAAGACUCUGAUGUUGAAUUAUCAGAUUAAAUGGAAGUGAGGUUCCUAUUUUCAUAUACAUUGGUAUGCACCAAACUGUGAAUGCAUCCAGCUGUUGGAAAACGAUGUAUAAGUCCAAGUCCUCUUGACUUGAUUAUAAAAUAAUGGAAAACAGAUGACUCGUGAACCACAGUGUGGAUGUGCAAACGAAAACUGAAGGAAAGAAUACGAACUGAGAAAUGUUCUUUGGCAGUGAUAUAGUUCUUAGACAUCUUCAGAAUGACUAACUAGUUUCUCUGAGUGGUGCAUAAUCUUAUUUUGUUUGGGAAUAACAAAUUGUGGAAUAUUUUUAAGGAAAAUUUGUUGUAUAAAACUCUACCAUAGUAACCUUAGACCUUAGAGAGGUAGCUUUGGAGUGAAACCUUGGCUGCAGUAGGCCACUUGGGCAAGCCCUCCAUAAGUCAGGGGAGAAAUCAGUUUAGAGCUAAGAGGAACAGCAAAUGAGGACUGGGGGACUCAGACUUGAAGACCCAAUAAAAAUACGCAACAUUUUUUAAAAGAUAGAGUGAAGUGCUCUUGAUUUUGAUUUUUCACUGCCAAGCCAAUCAUGUGAAGGAUAGAAGCCUCUGGUGCUUUUGCCAUGGGCCCCUCACAUCAGGGAAAAUGACCUUCACUGCUCUUAAUAGUAAUGUGUCCCUUUCACUUUCUGGGUCUAGCCCUCUCAGCUGUGGGGGUCUGGAUGUGGGUAAAUUAAGGUAAAGGAGAUGAUAUUCUGUAAACUAGUUAUACACUCAGAAAAUCUGUGGAGCCCAUUAGACCCCAGGUGUCUUGAAAUAUUUGUAGAAAACCCACUAAAAUGCCCACUUCUCUGGGUGCAGGCCUUUAUUGCUGCUGUCUCAUAGCCUGAGCUGUGGUACACAGAACUGGGGGUUCUCCUUUUGUUUUCAUUUUUUCCCCAAUGGCAGCUUUUCUCCCGUUGUUUUACCUUCCUGUUUCCCAAACAGUUUCUCUUAUUUUGUCUUUUGCACCAGUUUUUGGAGGCCCUUGUCAUUUCAAAAAGAAUAGUUUCUCUCCUUCUUAACUGGCAAACCUGUGGGUGAUUCCACAAAGACACAGUAUUAACUUAGCUAUCUGAAUUAUGGUAGAAAAGGUCUUAGUAGGGUCCUAUAUAAAGCAUUUGGAAGAUGACCUUGUUGCCCUAAGAAACUUGAAAAUAGGUAUUCUGGGGUUAGGAUACAAAGACUUUGUCUGGCAUAUCCAUAAGCGGGUCUUCUUAUAGCAUUAUUCCAAACUAGCUGUUUAAGUAGUUCUAUGAGGAUUGCAAGUCAUAGGCGUGAGUGGCAUAUCAAUCCAUCUCCCUCAUCUCCAUUCUCAGUUUCUUCCUCACAAAAUUUUGACUCAAAGCAUUUAUGAUGUUGGCCAAUCACAGAACUUUUUUAGCUGAGGUUAAUUUGACCCUAUGAUAAAGUUGAGAGAAGUCAAAAAGCCUUUUAGAAAUUUUAACCUUGAAAGACUUUUCAGUAUGUACCAUUUUUUAGGUGGGGAUGGCAGAUUUUUUUUUUUUUAAACAAAUAAAGGUAAUUUAAUAAAAAAUUGAAAAGUAGGCAUAGGCCUUUUGACAUUGUAUACUUGAUGGUUCUUUCCUUCUGCCUGUAACAAAUCUCAUUUUUGUUACCAAGAACUGUGUGAAAGAAGUAAAUUUGCCCCGAUUCUGUAUGAUUAAUUCCAUCUGUGUUUGUCAUUUCUGACUGGAAAACUUCUUACUUCCAUACCUUGUUUGAUAUGGAGGAAAAACAAUUGAAUUGUCUGAUAAAUCUGCCAAUAAACUAUCCAGAAACAUCAGGUAGAAUAGUCCCCACUGUAGGAAUUUUAUGGUUUGUAUAAACACUAACAUUUUCCCCUUAUGUAGUUGUAUGAAAAACAAAUAUUGUUAGCAUAGUAGAUAAAUUGUUAUAAAAUACCAGAAAGAAAAAAAAGUCUGUAUCUUUUAACUAAGAACAAACAAUACCCAGAUAAAUGAUUGUAUCAGAACUUCAAUUGCAUGUUAGUCCACAGAGUUGCCCAGAACCCUAAACUAAUUCAUAACAGAAAAUAUUGCUUACUUAUUGGUCAUUCCUCAUAAGUGUAGCAGUUGAUGUGUGUAUUUGAUUAUUUUCUUUUUUUAUCUUAUUAAAAUUGUGUAAAAUUACAUUUUUUUUUCCAGGGGAGAAAAAAAAGAGAAAUAUCUAAAUCAUCCUUUCCGUUCUUUUUUGAUUUUUAACCACUUUUGGGUUUUCCCCUUGAAGAAACCACAGAAAUAUUCCCUUAGAAUAAAAUAGUAUAUUUGUAUUUGAUGGGUGAGUUCUUUUUCUUUAUGUCUUGAAAGAAUUUUAAAUAUCUUUUACUCUUUGACCUUAUUGGUAUGAGCCAACAGAUAGUAAAAUUGCAAAGAAAGAGAGCAGUUUUCAGAAAAGUUAUUUGGUUUUUAUUCAAUCCAGUAAACAUACUGUUUCACUGCAAAGUCUUCCAGUUUCCUUUUUUCCCUCAAAAGACACUUGUUCCCAGUUUUAGUUAAUUUAUUAACUAUACAAAAAUGCUUCAAAAAGUUUGUGGAAAAUGGAAUUAAAAGAUAAUAUGAAUCUUUCCAUGAAUUGUUUGAAGACCCCUCCUCAUAUUUAAAACACCAACAUCUAGAAAUAUCAGGUACAUAAGUAUUUGAUUUCAGGCAAACUUUUUUGAGAUUUACAAGCUUAGAUCAGUUUAACAAUUUUGAAAUUGUGAGAUUAGAAUAAGGAAUAUGCCCAUUUUUAAGUAUAAAUCAUAUUUAAAUUGAGAAUGUAAAACUAAAUGGCAUUUUUCUUAGACUGUAAAGUUGUCUUGGUAUUGUACAAACACAUCUUCAAAUUUCGUACUGUUUCUAUCCACCUGCCCUAUGGCAUUCCUAAUUUUGUAAAACAGAAGUUGUCAUAAAAAGUAUAAAGUAAAAUGAAUUUCUGUAAAUGAAUCCCAGUUUUUUAUUAAAUUCAGAAUUUAAUUUUCAAUGUGAAUUAAAAGGUCUCCUGUGGUACUGAGUUGAAAUUUUAGGAAAGAAUUAAGUAAUAAUAUCUCUAAUCCCUUUAUGCUAGUACUUGUCUAUCAUCGUACUUUGUUAUCAUCACUGAAAAAAAUAAUAAUUAAGAGGUAUUGUUACAUAGUGGAAAGAUCAUAACUUUGGAGCCUCGUCGUUCCACUUACUAGUUGUAUAACUUUAGGUAAGUUAGUUAACCUCUCUGUGCCUCAGUUUUAUCAUCUAUAAAGUGGGCAUAAUAACUUCCUUAUAAGUUGUGCCUGGCACAUGGUGGGCUUUCAAAUGUCAGAUAUUUUUCAUUAUAACAUAUACAGUUGCCUGGCAUGUACUAAGACUUUCAAUAAAUGUAAAUUCUCAUA